AUGGCAUUUAAGUUCAUUGUUGCUUUGGCAUUUGCUGCUGUCGCCAGUGCAGGUUUCAUUGCAUCUCCCCAGUCCUAUCAUGAGGAACCAGCUUAUGAUUAUCAUACUGAAGAUCCUGUAAAACAUGUCAUUCCCGUAGCGCAUAAAGUCCUUACCAAACAUAUCGAACACUAUGAUCCACAUCCACAAUACAAAUUCUCCUACAGUGUUGAUGAUAAGGUUACCGGUGAUUCCAAAAGCCAAUUUGAGGAACGUAACGGUGAUGCAGUCCAUGGUGAAUACUCGUUGAUCGAUGCCGAUGGUUAUAAACGUACCGUAACCUAUACUGCCGAUGCCCACAACGGUUUCAAUGCUGUUGUUCAUCGGGAACCUUUAAAGAAGAUUAUCCAUUCAACUCCAGUUGCUGUGAAUGCACAUUAUACUGCCGCUGUCCAUCAAACUGCUCCGGCUCAUUAUUCAGCUCCAGAUUAUUAUUCUGCCCCAACCCAUUAUGCUUUUCAAGCACCGCAAUAUCGUCCUGACUCUGCUCCUUCUUCUUAUUAUCAUCAUUAAGAAAGGACGUAAGUCAUUGGUUUUUGAAACGUAUUUAAAUUGUUAGACGAGAAACGCAUUAUUUCAGUAUUACUAUGUAGUUUUGUGAUAUGUAUAUUUGUAGAUAGUAGCGUGUAAAUAU